CAAGCUCUGUCAUGAUAUCAUCCAAAAAGUUCAAUUGUGAGGCCCUCAGAAAGAUCAAAAAUCGCACACUGCAUUCACUCACUAAGGGAAUCGAAUGAUAGAAGCAUUGAGAACUCAGUAGGAAACUCUUCUCCUUCCUCACAAAUCACAAGGAUUUUGUCCUUUGGCUUUUUUGUUGGGGUUUAUCUAGUUUUGCAAGGAUAGAUGACAACAUUAAUACCAUCACUUGUAAUUCGUCCCUGCUGUGUGAACUGUGGAGCAAGGGAUUCGUCUAAAUUGGUAGCUGCCACCCAUUACAUCUGUGGAAACAAGGUCGCCCAUGGUUUGGAGAAAAUGGAUUUGGAAAGAAAGGUAAUUCUUGGUGUAGUUGCUCAAAAUGCCACAAGAAAUUGUUUUCGGAAUAUUAACUGGAAGGUGUCUGCUACAUCACACAUUGCUAUUGAAGAAACUGAAAACAGAUACUCUACAACUGAAAUUGAAGAACUAGAAAGCAGAUUAAAUUAUCUAUUUUUGACUGAAAUUGGUGGUCAAGUGAAGGUAAUUGUUGGAAAGAAAAAUAAGAAAUACAUAGUGUCUAUUGAAGUUUCAUCCCUGCAACUUUAUAAUAGCGACAAUAAGCUAAUACUGAGUUGGGGUGUCUUCAGAUCCAACUCCUCUUGUUUCAUGCCUGUGGAUUUUCAGAAUUCAGUUCCAGAAGUUGGAUCCAAUACCACUGAGAUCCCAUUCAUGGAAAGAUCUUCUGGCAGCUUUGCACUCAAGUUGGACUUCGAAGCAAAUCAUGCCCCUUUCUAUCUCUCAUUUCUACUGAAGUCUACAUUAGAUACAGAUUUGAGUAGCUCAGACAUUAGAAGCCAUAGGAAGACAAAUUUUUGCAUCCCCGUUGGUUUUGGUAGAGGGUAUCCAGCUCCUCUAGGUCUCUCCUUCUCAAGUGAUGGUUCUCCAAAUUUUGCCUUUUUCUCAAGAAAUGCAGGUGGUGUGGUUCUGUGCUUGUAUGAUGGCACAUCAGACAAACCUGCUUUAGAGAUUGAUCUUGAUCCAUAUGUCAACCGAACUGGUGAUAUUUGGCAUGCAUCAAUGGAAAGUGUUGGGCCAUUUGUGAGCUAUGGGUAUCGCUGCAAGGAGGCUAAUCUUCAGGACAAUGGAGAAACGUUGCACACACAGCAUGUUCAUUUGGAUCCAUAUGCUAAGCUUAUUAGGAACUCCUUUUCUGAUGAUCAUGGACUUAAACCUCAGCCACGUCUUGGAGAAUUACAGAAAGAACCUGCUUUCAAUUGGAAUGACGAUGUUCAUCCUUGCAUACCAAUAGAGAAACUAGUGGUAUACCGGCUAAAUGUGAUGCACUUUACCAAGGAUGAGUCCAGUCAGGUUGCUCCUGAUCUUGCAGGGACCUUCUCUGGUCUGAUGGAGAAGCUGCACCAUUUCAAAGAUCUUGGAGUGAAUGCAGUCUUGUUAGAGCCCAUUUUCUCAUUUGACGAGCAAAAAGGACCGUAUUUCCCAUUCCAUUUCUUUUCACCAAUGAAUGUAUAUGGACCUUCCAGUGGCCCUGUAUCUACUAUUAAUUCUGUGAAGGAGAUGGUGAAGAGAUUGCAUGCCAAUGGAAUAGAGGUCUUACUGGAAGUUGUUUUCACCCAUACCGCCGAGAGUGGAGCACUGCAGGGAAUUGAUGACUCGUGCUAUUAUUAUGUGAAUGGGGAUGCGGAUUUAGGAAUCAGAAAUGCUUUGAAUUGUAACUAUUCCAUUGUCCAACAGAUGAUUGUGGAUAGUCUUCGAUAUUGGGUAACCGAGUUUCAUGUAGAUGGGUUUUGUUUCAUAAAUGCAUCAUCUCUGUUGAGGGGGUUUCAUGGUGAAUACUUGUCUCGCCCUCCUUUGGUUGAGACUAUUGCUUUUGACCCAUUACUCUCAAAGACCAAGAUCAUUGCAGAUUGCUGGGAUCCUCGAAACAUGUUGCCAAAGGAAAUUCGUUUCCCACAUUGGAAGAGAUGGGCAGAAAUGAAUACAAGAUUUUGCAAUGAUGUAAGAAAUUUUUUGAGGGGUGAGGGACUUAGUGACUUUGCAACACGGCUUUGUGGGAGCGGGGACAUCUUCAUGGAUGGGCGAGGCCCAGCGUUCUCCUUCAAUUUUACUACCAAGAACUUUGGACUUCCUCUUGUGGACUUAGUCAGCUUCAGUAGCAGCGAGCUAGCUUCUGAACUGAGUUGGAAUUGUGGAGAAGAAGGCCCCACAAAUAAAACCACUGUCCUGGAAAGGCGACUUAAACAAAUUCGUAAUUUUCUCUUCAUCUUGUACGUUUCCUUGGGUGUUCCCAUCCUUAACAUGGGAGAUGAGUGCGGCCAGUCUUCUGGAGGUUCACCUGCAUAUGGUGACAGAAAACCUUUCAAUUGGAAUUCUGUCAAAACUGGUUUUGGAAUUCAGACCAUUCAGUUUAUUUCAUUUCUGAGUUCGCUAAGAUCGAGACGUAGUGAUCUUCUUCAGAGGAGGAGCUUCUUGAAAGAAGAAAGCAUUGAUUGGCAUGGAAGCGACCAGUCUCCACCAAGAUGGGAUGACCCAUCAAGCAAAUUCCUGGCUAUGACAUUGAAAGCUGAGAACAUGGAGGGGCUGCUGCCUUCUGAGUCUUCAAGCAUUAAGGGUGACUUGUUCAUUGCCUUCAAUACAGCUGACCGCUCGGUAAAAGUAAUUCUUCCCCCACCUCCCACAGGGAUGGUAUGGCAUCGGUUAGUUGACACAGCUCUUCCAUUUCCAGGAUUUUUCACAGCAGAUGGUGAGGCCAUCUUAAAGAAGAAAUCUGGAUUAGUUACUUAUAAAAUGGAGUCUCAUAGCUGUGCUCUAUUUGAAGCCAAUACCCUGGAUGUUUGAAAUCCAUAUAGUACCUCAGGCCCUUUUCUUUCUUCUUUUUUCUCCUCAAUGCAAACGUGGAUUGUGAUCUAAACUCACAAUAGGUUGUCCCUUACCCAGAAUUAUAAUGGUACAAUAAACCAUGCUGCUGUUGUUGUGUUCACCUGUACACCCCUCAAUAGUACCCUUUUUUGUUCCUUUUUUCUUUUUCCCAUGGAGAGACCUAAAUCCUGCAGAAAAACUAUUGCAAUCUUAUUGUAUACUACAUUUGUUUUUUUUGCA